AUGGAGCGUUGCACUGCUGCAGGUCCACUGUGGAAGGAGGCCCUAAAGAUCCUUAAGCUGGUUGUCACUCGUUCCUCAGUAUUGGCUGUGCCUCCAUCCCAUCUUCACAGUCGAUCUUGGGAUCACACAACUACAGGGCUUGUGAUCAAGUCUGGUCUUUAUGUGGAGACUCCUCUGGCUAUCAAAAAGGAACUUCCUGGGAGGACGAUGGAUUUCAGCUUUGAUGUAUCUCAAACUCCCAUCAUUGGGAGACGAUUCAAGGCAAAGGAGAGUGGGAAGAAAAAAGGAGAGGAAGGAACAGUCACACCAAAGAGAUCUCCUUCCCAGACUGCUGCUGAUAAUGUUGUUCCAGUUCCUGGCUGGAAGAGACCAUGGCUUUCUCAGGUCAUCUUUAGCCAGACAUCUGAACUCCUGGAACACCAAUCAAGCAUGGCCUCCAGUAUGGAGGAGAUGUCAAACAUGGAGGCAUCAGGAAAUGAAUCUCAUGUUGAAGACACUACUGGCACUGAUGGCCAGUUUACUGUUUUCAAAGAUUUUGAUUUCCUUGACAACGAAGAGAGUGAGGAUGGAAGUGAUGACAACUUCAAUUGGGGGGUGAAAAGAAGCAUACCUGACUUGGCUCUAAUUGGAAGAGAAACUGAGAAGGUAAAUAUGGGUGAGGGGAAUGUCAUCAGCAAGGAAAGUCAUCAUACCAUAGAGACUUCAUCUGAUGAUGAUGAAACUGGUGGUUCUGAUGAUCACAUACGAAAACCACCUGAUUCCCUCUCACUUCAGCCAACACGGGCUCGAAGACCCUCUGAGGAUUCAGAUUCCUCAUAUGUUCAGAGCAGCAGUGAAGGGGAUAUGGGAGACUUGACACCCUGCAAUGCAUCUCCAUGUCUGCCAGGUCUGAUGAGUCGAGGAAUUGAUGUUGCAUCAUUGACUUCGCCUAGGGAUGCAGCUCCAUCAGCCACUCUUUCUCCUCAAAAUUCAGAAGAGACAUCUGCUCAAGAACAUUGGCAGUCUGGAAUUACUACUCUCAUGGCAGCGCCCUCAUCUGCUAGUGUUGCUCAGGCUGCCACUGCCUUCCCACCUCUUUACAAGGAUCUGAGCAAUUCUCUGAGGGAGCUAGUGGAGGACUCAAUCCAGCCAUUGUCUCAGAUUGAAUCUGUGGGAUUAAUGAUUGCGCAUUUGGGGACUUUGAGGGACUCUCUCAGUUCCCAAGAGCUUCCGUUCCUCUGGAUUGGACCUGGAGUCGUAGAGUGUGAGCUUCAGAAGAUGAAAUUUAUACUUUUAGAAAUCCAUGAGCAUUUUGAGACGUUCAUUGACAAGAAAGAACAUGCAAUCGAGUGUUUAGAAGCGCUGAGAUGUGCCCUCAAAUUGCAAAGCCUUGGGGAAAUGAUUGAAGUCAGGAAUCUGGUUGAGAAGGGGCUUGACCUAUGUCGUGCCAUAUAUAAACUGAGUUUCCAGCUGUCUCUUGCAUGGGAUGCAGGCUCCAAGAUGGUCUCAGCCCUCUCCUCCAUCAUCUGUACCCAUUCUGAGUGCCUCAACGUCUGGGCAGAUGUGACUGAGGUGCAUAAUGAAAUCCAACCUCUCUUGGAAGAGAUCAAGGAUGUUUCUUCGUCAUCCACAGAUGAUGAGGAUCAUCAUGGCUCCAUCGUAGAGCUCCUUCAAGGGAAACAUUGGGCAUCUGCCAUACGAGAGUUUCGAGCUCAGAGGGGAAUGGAUUCUUCAUCUUGCCUUAUGGCGUCUGAAGCCACUCUGACAGAUGACUUACAGACAAUACUCACUUCCUACAUGGAAUAUUUGAGCUCAAACAGUGUAGUAUGUCUCCCAAGUGUGGAGCAGUUUCAGAAUGACCAGAUGUUGAUGGAGGGCAACAUCCAACUGCUGUCAAUGCUCCGCUCCUUAGAGCAAGGAUCUGUCAUGGAGUGCACAUCCUCCCCAAAGAAGACUUUUCCCGUUCUUGUGUGAACACAUUCACAAAACCAGAUUCUCAUUCCUCUCCUUACCUCUAUUUUUUUCCCCUUCAUGCCUUGUUUGAGUUUUGUUUGUAAUACUCAUCAUGUUUCCAG